GGCGGCGGAGCAGCCGUGGGUCGGUGUCUGCGCGGUGGUGUCUGAGGCCCAGGCUGAGGCCUCCGCGGUUGCCGGAGCGCAGGCGGCGGAGAGGAUGACUGCUGCUGCCGUUCUCUUCUGAGAUAGAGAGCCGCCACCACCCUGCCCCCUCCCCCGGCAGGGCGGAGAGGAGCGGCCAGAGUCUGAGCCAUGGUGCCUGGCGAGGAGAACCAACUGGUCCCGAAAGAGAUAGAAAAUGCUGCUGAAGAACCUAGAGUUUUAUGUAUAAUACAGGAUACUACUAAUUCAAAGACAGUGAAUGAACGGAUCACUUUAAAUUUACCAGCUUCUACUCCACUCAGGAAGCUCUUUGAAGAUGUGGCCAACAAAGUAGGCUACAUAAAUGGAACCUUUGAUUUAGUGUGGGGAAAUGGAAUCAAUACUGCUGAUAUGGCUCCACUGGACCAUACCAGUGACAAGUCUCUUCUUGAUGCUAAUUUUGAGCCAGGAAAGAAGAACUUUCUGCAUUUGACAGAUAAAGAUGGUGAACAGCCUCAAAUACUACUGGAGGAUUCCAGUGCUGGAGAUGAUAGUGUCCAUGACCGGUUUAUAGGUCCACUUCCAAGAGAAGGUUCUGUGGGCUCUACCAGUGAUUAUGUCAGCCAAAACUACUCCUAUUCAUCUAUUUUGAAUAAAUCAGAAACUGGAUACGUGGGAUUAGUAAACCAAGCAAUGACUUGCUAUUUGAAUAGCCUUUUGCAGACACUUUUUAUGACUCCUGAAUUUAGGAAUGCAUUAUAUAAGUGGGAAUUUGAAGAAUCUGAAGAAGACCCAGUGACAAGUAUCCCAUACCAACUCCAAAGGCUUUUUGUUUUGUUACAGACCAGCAAAAAGAGAGCAAUUGAAACCACAGAUGUUACAAGGAGCUUUGGAUGGGAUAGUAGUGAGGCUUGGCAGCAGCAUGAUGUACAAGAACUGUGCAGAGUCAUGUUUGAUGCUUUGGAACAGAAAUGGAAACAAACAGAACAGGCUGAUCUUAUAAAUGAACUAUAUCAAGGCAAGCUGAAGGACUACGUGAGGUGUCUGGAAUGUGGUUAUGAGGGCUGGAGAAUCGACACGUAUCUUGAUAUUCCAUUGGUCAUCCGGCCUUAUGGGUCCAGUCAAGCAUUUGCUAGUGUGGAAGAAGCAUUGCAUGCAUUUAUUCAGCCAGAGAUCCUGGAUGGCCCAAAUCAAUAUUUUUGUGAACGUUGUAAGAAGAAAUGUGAUGCACGAAAGGGUCUUCGGUUUUUGCAUUUCCCUUAUCUGCUGACCUUACAGUUGAAAAGGUUUGAUUUUGAUUAUACAACAAUGCACAGGAUUAAAUUGAAUGAUCGGAUGACAUUUCCUGAGGAGCUAGAUAUGAGUACAUUUAUUGAUGUUGAAGAUGAGAAAUCCCCUCAGACUGAAAGUUGCACUGACAGUGGGGCAGAAAAUGAAGGCAGUUGUCACAGUGAUCAGAUGAGCAAUGAUUUCUCGAAUGAUGAUGGUGUCGAUGAAGGGAUCUGCCUUGAAAGUAAUAGUGGAACCGAAAAGAUUUCAAAACCUGGACUUGAGAAGAAUUCCUUGAUCUAUGAGCUCUUCUCCGUUAUGGUUCAUUCAGGGAGUGCUGCUGGUGGCCACUACUAUGCUUGUAUAAAGUCAUUCAGCGAUGAACAGUGGUACAGCUUCAAUGAUCAGCACGUCAGCAGGAUAACCCAAGAGGACAUUAAGAAAACACAUGGUGGAUCUUCAGGAAGCAGAGGGUAUUACUCAAGUGCUUUUGCAAGCUCCACAAAUGCAUAUAUGCUGAUAUAUAGACUGAAGGAUCCAGCACGAAAUGCAAAAUUUCUAGAAGUAGAUGAAUAUCCAGAACAUAUUAAAAACUUGGUGCAGAGAGAAAGAGAAUUAGAAGAACAAGAAAAAAGGCAACGAGAAAUUGAGCGCAACACAUGCAAGAUAAAAUUAUUCUGUUUGCAUCCUGUGAAACAAGUAAUGAUGGAGAAUAAAUUGGAGGUUCAUAAGGAUAAGACAUUAAAGGAAGCAGUAGAAAUGGCUUAUAAGAUGAUGGAUUUAGAAGAGGUCAUACCCAUGGAUUGCUGUCGCCUUGUUAAAUAUGAUGAGUUUCAUGAUUAUCUUGAACGAUCGUAUGAAGGAGAAGAAGAUACACCUAUGGGACUUCUGCUAGGAGGAGUCAAGUCAACAUACAUGUUUGAUCUGCUGUUGGAGACGAGAAAGCCUGAUCAAGUUUUCCAGUCUUAUAAACCUGGAGAAGUGAUGGUGAAAGUUCAUGUUGUUGAUCUUAAGGCAGAAUCUGUAGCUGCUCCUGUCACUGUUCGUGCUUACUUAAAUCAAACAGUCACAGAGUUCAAACAACUUAUUUCAAAGGCCAUCUACUUACCCGCUGAAACAAUGCGGAUAGUCCUGGAACGCUGCUACAAUGAUCUGCGUCUUCUCACUGUGCCCAGUAAGACCCUGAAAGCUGAAGGCUUUUUUAGAAGUAACAAGGUCUUUGUUGAAAGUUCUGAGACUUUGGAUUACCAGAUGGCCUUUACAGACUCUCAUUUGUGGAAACUCCUGGAUCGUCAUGCAAAUACGAUCAGAUUAUUUGUUUUGUUACCUGAACAGUCCCCAGGAUCUUAUUCCAAAAGGACAGCAUGCCAGAAAGCUGGGGGCGAUUCUGGUAAUGUGGAAGAUGACUGUGAAAGAGUUAAAGGACCUGUGGGGAGCCUAAAGUCUGUGGAAGCUAUUCUAGAAGAAAGCACUGAAAAACUCAAAAGCUUGUCGCUACAGCAGCAGCAAGAUGGAGAUAAUGGGGACAGCAGCAAAAGUACUGAGACAAGUGACUUUGAAAACAUAGAAUCACCUCUCAAUGAGAGGGACUCUUCAGCAUCAGUGGACAAUAGAGAACUUGAACAGCACAUUCAGACUUCUGAUCCUGAAAAUUUUCAGUCUGAAGAACGGUCAGACUCAGAUGUGAAUAAUGACAGGAGUACAAGUUCAGUGGACAGUGACAUUCUUAGCUCCAGUCAUAGCAGUGACACUUUGUGCAAUGCAGAUAAUGCUCAGAUUCCUUUGGCUAAUGGACUUGACUCUCAUAGCAUCACGAGUAGUAGAAGAACUAAAGCAAAUGAAGGGAAAAAAGAGACAUGGGACACAGCAGAAGAAGACUCUGGAACUGAUAGUGAAUACGAUGAGAGUGGCAAGAGCAGGGGAGAAAUACAGUACAUGUAUUUCAAAGCAGAACCCUAUGCUGCAGACGAAGGUUCUGGGGAAGGACAUAAAUGGUUGAUGGUGCAUGUUGAUAAAAGAAUUACUCUGGCCGCUUUCAAACAACAUUUAGAGCCCUUUGUUGGAGUUUUGUCCUCUCACUUCAAGGUCUUUCGAGUGUAUGCCAGCAAUCAAGAGUUUGAGAGCGUCCGACUGAAUGAGACACUUUCAUCAUUUUCAGAUGACAAUAAGAUUACAAUUAGACUUGGGAGAGCACUUAAAAAAGGAGAAUACAGAGUUAAAGUGUACCAGCUUCUGGUCAAUGAGCAAGAGCCAUGCAAGUUUCUGCUAGAUGCUGUGUUUGCUAAAGGAAUGACUGUACGGCAAUCAAAAGAGGAAUUAAUUCCUCAACUCAGGGAGCAGUGUGGUUUAGAGCUCAGUAUUGACAGAUUUCGUCUAAGGAAAAAAACUUGGAAGAAUCCUGGCACAGUCUUUUUGGAUUACCAUAUUUAUGAAGAAGAUAUUAACAUCUCCAGCAACUGGGAGGUUUUCCUUGAAGUUCUUGAUGGGGUGGAGAAGAUGAAAUCCAUGUCACAGCUUGCAGUUCUGUCAAGAAGGUGGAGACCUUCAGAAAUGAAGCUGGAUCCCUUCCAGGAGGUUGUGCUGGAAAGCAGUAGUGUUGAUGAGCUGCGAGAGAAGCUUUCUGAAAUCAGUGGAAUUCCUUUGGAAGAUAUUGAAUUUGCCAAGGGUAGAGGAACUUUUCCCUGUGAUAUUUCUGUCCUUGAUAUUCAUCAGGAUUUGGACUGGAAUCCUAAAGUUUCUACCCUGAAUGUCUGGCCUCUUUAUAUCUGUGAUGAUGGUGCAGUCAUAUUUUAUAGGGAUAAAACGGAAGAAUUAAUGGAGUUAACAGAUGAGCAAAGAAAUGAACUGAUGAAAAAAGAAAGUAGUCGACUCCAGAAGACGGGACAUCGUGUAACGUACUCACCUCGGAAAGAGAAAGCACUAAAAAUAUAUCUGGAUGGAGCACCAAAUAAAGAUCUGACUCAAGACUGACUCUGCUAGUGUAGCAUUUUCCCUGGGGGAUUUUUGGUUUUAAUUAGAUGGUUCACUGCUACUGUGUAGUGCCAUUUACGGCCGGACAUGGUUAGGGGUAACCCAGUGACACCAGCACUGAUUGGACUGCCCUUCACCAAUCAGAAGCUCAGUGCCCAAUGGGCCACUGUUUUGACUUGGAAUCAUGUUGUGCACUAUAGUCAAAAGUACUGUAAAGUGAAAAGGGAUGUGCAAAAGAAUAAAAACAAAAAAACAAAAAGCAAAACCUGCUACUAGAAAAGGGGGAAGGGGAAUGAGUACACUUCUUUUAUUGCGGACAAAUGUGCACAUAGCCGCUAGUAAAACUAGCCUCAAACAGGAUGCUCAUAGCUUCAUAAUAAAAGCUGUGCAAAGGCCAUGAA